UCUACAUCGUCCUAGACGACUUUGACAACACGUACAACCACUUCAACGUAAAAAAGGAGCGCACCCCACGCCCACCCCCUCUCACCUCCCCCCGCCUUCCCACCGAAAAAAGACAGCAACCAUGCCACCCAAAAAGCAAAAGGGACAGAAGAUGAACCUCAGCGACUUCUUCGAGACGACGGCGUCGAGCAACUGGGCCGAUGAGAUGGAGAGCCUCCCCACCGCGCCUGCCGCGCGCGCCGACACUGGCCCUCGCCGCGGCGAGCCCGGAUACCUCGAGAGCAUGCCGGACCGCUCUGCGCGCCCGGCGUUCGGCGGCGGCCCGGUCCGCGACGAGCUCCCCCUCCCCGACGUGCCGCCAUUCACGGCCUUUGUGGGCAACCUGACGUUUGAGACUGAUGAGGAGGAGCUGCGCGCCUUCUUUGCCGGCCAGGACCCCAAGAGCGUCCGCCUCGUCAAGGACAGCGAGGGCAAGCUCAAGGGCUUUGGCUACGUCGAGUUCAACACGCGCGACGGCCUCGCUACCGCCCUCAGCAUGUCGGGCACCCAGCUUGGCGGAAGGACCGUGAGGGUCAACGUUGCCGAGGCUCCCUCGACCUCGAACCGUCGCGACUUCGCCCCCUCGGCCGCUGACGAGGCUUCGCAGUGGCGCCGCGCGACCCCCCUCGUGGCCCGCCAGCCCGAGCCUCCCCGCCGCACCUUCUCUGGCGCAUCAGACGGUGGCGACCGCGACUGGUCGGCUGCCCGCGGCGCCAAGUUCACCCCUUCGCGCGAGUCGUCGGGCUACGGCCGCCCCCGUGACGGCCACGAGCAGCGUGAGCCUCGCGAGCCCCGCGACCUCACCCCCUCGGCUGCCGACGACGCCGACCAGUGGCGCUCAAACAAGACGUUUGUCCAGCCCCCCGCUCCCCAGGUUGGUGGCCGCGGUCCCCGCGAGCCCCGUGAGCCCCGUGAUGCCCCUCCCCAUCGCCCUGCCGGCCCCGCCGACACCGAGUCGACUUGGUCCCGAGGCACCCGCUCGCCCGCUCAGCGUGCCGAGCCCGCCGAGCCCCAGCGUCCCCGACUCAACCUCCAGGCCCGCUCCGCCGCCGCCGCCACUGGCUCCCCCGAGCCCGCUUCGUCGUCCAAGGCGUCGCCGUUCGGUGCUGCCAAGCCCGUCGACUCGGCGGCCCGUGAGGCCGAGGCUGCUGCCCACGCCGAGCAGCGCCGCAAGGAGAAGGCUGCUGGCGCCGCCAAGGCCAAGGAGGACGCUGAGAAGGCCAAGGCCGCACAGCAGGCCAAGCGCGAUGCCGAGCGUGCCGCCCAGCCCAAGCGUGUCCACCCUUCUCGUCUGCCCGCCAAGGAGACCAAGGAGGCUGCUCCUGACGCCGACGGCUUUGAGCAGGUCGCCGCUAGCCGCGCGCAGCGCGAGACCGCGGCUGCAUCUGCGCCGGCGCCCAAGCCCGCCACCAAGGCGACGGCGGGCUUCUCGUUUGCGGCUGCUGCUAGCGCGCUCGACAACGACGAGGUUGACGAUGUUGCUGACAAGGUUGCCGACGUGUCGGUUUAGAGGGUAAGGCGGGAUGGCGCUUUGUAGAGUCUUGUGCCAUCUGGUCACGAUGUUACGUUUGGGCUUUGA